GCAGGAAAACAAACGGGGAAGAAGAGGCAAAGUAACCAACUUCAGGUUUCUUGCGUGUAGUUUCAAUUCAGAGUUCGAACAUUCACAGUGAAAGUACAUCUUUUCAAAGUGUAGACUCUUAGCGGAGGGAAGAGGGGGACAGAACUGUAUCUGAGUUUGGAGUGAGUCUGAGUAGCUAAAACAGUAAAGAAGCUUCUAGAAGCAGGGACACUUCUUGACUGGUUUCAACCCUCCUUAGUGAGAAAGCAGGGAUUUCGUGAAGCUCCGACCUGAGGGGCUCUGGUGGAGAGAGCAGUGGAAGAGUGCGGGUCGAGGCAGCCCCGGGGCCAGCGCCCCUGCCACUCCCGCCGGCCGCCUGGGGGUGCGCACAGCGGGGAGGUCACCUUGACCGCGAGGGGGUGCGGCCACUAGGCCUUGAGAAACAGGAAUCCCUUAACCAAGACACACACCGGGAGAGAAGAGGCAGAGCGAGCAGAACGCCCCCAUCUCAAGAAAAAGAAGACACUGCUGAUAGCAUCUCUGAGGAAGGAAGCAGUGCAUCGCGCUGGGACUGCAUGUGACAUUAAAAAAACCGUGUGUGUGUAGACCGGCCUCCUCGGCGGGUUCCAGAGAUGUAUUAUCUUACUCUCCUCUUGGCUAUGUUUCACGUGUACAAAGCUCUAUGUGAAGAGAUAUUCUGGGAUACAACUGUUACACUUGCUGAGAACUUGACCCUAGAAUGUGUGUAUCCAUCGACGGACACUUUAACCCAGAUGGAGUGGUUCAAGGUCAACACGCAGGAGAAGGAGUCUAUAGCCAUUUUAAGUCCUACCUACGGUGCGGUCGUCAGAGAGCCCUAUGCUGGUAGGGUUUACUUUUCAAAUUCAACGCUGGCCUCUAAUGACAUGACCCUGUCCUUUCAUAACGCAUCCGAGGCAGACGUUGGCUUCUAUUCCUGCUUUCUGCAUACUUUCCCACACGGACCCUGGGAAAAGGUGAUCCGAGUGGUUCCGUCAGAUAAUUUUGAGAUAGCUGUGCCAUCAAAUAGCCAGACGGUCUCAGAACCUGGAAAAAAUGUCACACUCAGCUGUCAGCCUCAAAUGAAGUGGCCAUUACAAGAAGUUACCUGGGAAAAGAUCCAGCCCCAUCAGAUCAACCUCUUAACUAGCUGCAACUUGUCCCAAGGAAGAAGUUACGCUUCAAAGUACCCAAGACAGAUACUGAGCAACUGUAGCCAGGGAGCAAGAAGGUCCUUUAUCACCUUCCCCCUCGUUACCGCCUCUGACUCAGGACUCUACCGCUGUGGCUUCAAAGCCAGCACCGGUGAAAAUGAAACCUUCGUGAUAAGAUUGACCGUAACCCAUGGUGAACACAAUAUCCAGAAUUUCCUCUUCGCGGCUGGAGGGGCAGGUUUGUUGUUGCUGUUGGUUAUCCUCAUUACCACCAUCAUAGUCAUUCUUCUUAAGAGAAGGAAGAGACAGAAAAGAGGCCUCUUUAAAGAGCAUUGGGACACACAGAAUAAGGCAGCCAACAACUACAGAAAUCCUGUCUCUACCAAUCAGCCGUCAGAUGGUGCAGGAGAGGAUGUUUAUGUCAACUACCCAACCUUCUCUCGUAGACCAAAGACUAGAGUCUAAGUUUUUGCCUUGAUCUGAGCAAACUAAUGAUGUCUAUUACGUACAUGAAUCUUUAUACAAUUUCAUGCCACUACUCAGUGUCUACCUUGGAUACUGGUUGACCAAAUUUAUUUCAUUUGAUGGGAAAAAUACUGCAUUACCUAGAGAGCAUUCUUAACGGCAAUGCUUUAGAAGACCUGACGCUAAUUAGCUUAAAUCAUGUUAAAUGAAUCAUGUGAUGGGACACUCCAGGGGACAUCAAGCGUCAGGCAAGGGAGAUGGACCAGGGCUUCAAUACUGUGUCUAGAGUGAAGUGUGGCUAUUAGACAGUCUCUGGACCCCCUUUCGCAUUGUUAGAUCCACUUCCUCGGUGUUAGCCUAACUCUCACUCAGCCUCUUCCCUUGUGUUUCCAAGAUGACGGCAAUUCAUAAUCCUUGUUUCUGUCCGGUGGAGAGUUUGCUCUAUUAGAGCAAUAAUAACAUUUGGUUAUUUGCCCAUCGGUAAACAGUCCUCAUGGCCAGAAAGGAUGAAAUGGCUUCAGUCAACGAAGGGUUCACCUCUAGAGCUACGGAGGAGUGGGGCCAAAGCACAUUACUGGGAAAUUCACAGCGUUAUUAGAAGAAGGAAAGGGGAGCCUGGAAGCUGGGCUGGUCACCAACGAACAUGGAUGGCAGUGACCUUCCAAGAUGUCUCCCAUUAGCCAACUGCAAAGAAGAGGGCAGAUCUAGGUUCGCUCUCUCUUCCCAACCUGCUCUAUCAGUUUAGUCCAGAAGAGGAUUUGGCCGUAGAAUGGCUGAAUGGUCAGGAUGCAGAAAAUGUGACAGAGAGAUCUCUUCCUUUUCUAUUCUCAAAUAAAUUCAUUUCUGAUUCCAUAUAGAAUCUCACUAUCUCUGGUCUAGCCUUAUGAGCAAGAGUGGUAGAUGGUUCAAUAAUAACAAUUUUUUGAUACUGAAUUUUGUUCCACUUUUGAGGAUUAUUUUUAAUAUAUAAGUUCUCUCAAAAGAAUAAGGUACCUAGAAAUUAUUACUUUUUAAAAAAAUUAUGCAAAAUUUAAAUAUAAGGAAAAGAAUGAUAGUUGGUAGUGGAAGCAUAGGAGGAAUAGGAUAGAAAAGUGAGGGGGGAAGAGCAUUGGGAGGGAGGUUAUAGGGAAGGAGGAAGAGGGAUCAAAGAACGGGAAGGUGCAAAGAGACACUUACCUUGCUUCAGAGUUUGGCCAAAGACACUGUUUUGCCAAAUGACAUCACUGACAGAGCAAUUAGAGACCAUGCCUGCCAUUGUCCAAAUUCUAGCUGGAGGUGAACAGUGAAAAGCAUUUGUGAAACUCGGUCAUGGUCAUGGUCACGGUCACCUGGAAACCGCAGUGUUCCGUAAUGACCAAAUACAAUGAUCAUUCAUGUCUCGAAUACUCAUUACUCAUCUUUAAAAGAGCCUCAUUUCUAAAAGAUUCGUCACAAAAGCUGUAUCGAGGUUCAGAGUUGGAGACUUUUCAUGAUAAUCUUAAGUGAACCAAAACCAAACUCUCAUGUUGUCUAGACAGAUUCUUAAGCUACGAUUUACAGUUUUAGCAAGUCACUGGAUAUUUUAUGAUUCUACCCUUAAAUAUCAUGCAUGUCAAAUAGUGCAAUUAUUCUGUGAAUUACAGAAAUUGUGAGUGCCCCCACCUGUUUCAGAAGGGAAAAAUAAAAAUGACCACUUCCCAGGUUGUACUUAUGUACAUGCAAGGAGGGUUAGCUUUCAUUUUUAUUUUGGUUGCUUAUACAUCUUUAUAUUUGAAUUCAAGAAGUGUUUCCACAAAUAUGUUUGUAACAAAGUUGGAAGGCAAUUUUAUAAAAAAAAAAAUCUACUGUUUUGUUAACUAUAUCAGAUCUGUGGAAGUUUCCAUGGCUGAAUCUAUCAGUUUGCAUGGUGAAGUUUAUCCUGUAGAAGAUAAAUGACUUCUUUCUCCUAAAAGUUAAUCAAAAGAUUCCAUUCUGGAAGAUUCUGAUAACAAAAUUCUCAAUGACUAAUAUAGGGAAGGAGUAAAACAUUUCUACCAUUGCAAUAUGGGAAAGGUACAUCUCACUGUAACAGAGACAAUGAUGACAGGGGUGUGAAUGGUACAGUCAGAUGCCACCGUCCUGGUGGCUUUUACUCAUGGUUUCAGGGAAGAUUUUUGUGGCAAACAGCUUACGUGCUGCAAAGCCUCCAGAACGUUUGAAACUUGUCUCUUUCCCCAUGGGUGUUUUUGUCUUUUUCUUAAAAUCUCUCAUUCAAAAUACUUAUAAGAACUAUUUACUUUGUCCCUUCUUUUCUAUAAAAUCUUCCUCUGCAGAGCUUAGGAUUUUUGCAGGGAUUUGGAACCUUCCUGAGUCCUGCUGACAUUUCUCUGACCUCCUCUGCUGAUGCAGCCACACUCUCAGCUUUUAUGCUGAUGAAAUUCUGCUCAUCAUUCUCUUUCUCUGGAUGUCUUUAAUUAACAAAGCACUUUCAUUGUAGCUUCUUUAAUAUUAUACCUAAUUUGUUAGAGUUGUGUAACUCUACCUAAUACAUAUAUAUGUAUGUAUAUAGAGGGAGAACUAUGCCUAUGUACCCAUAUAUAAUACUAUAUAUACUACAGAGUAUAUAUAGUAUAUGUGUAUGUAUUUAUAUAUGUAUAUGUAUCUAUGUACAGGCAUAUUUUUUCCCCUAAUCUGUUGUACCUACUAUUCCAGUUGUUACUAAGGAAAUAGGUCAAAACAGGUCCACAGAAUGAAAGGUCAGAGUUGAGUUAAAUUAUGUUUUAAAUCUUUUUUGCAAGGUGCUAUUUAGGGAACAAGAUGCUUCCUGAUUCUUUCUUACAUCUAUAAUUUAUGUUGAUAUAUAAUACAUUAAAUAAAAAUCUAUGUUUCCUUUGAACUCCAUUAUUUUAGUAUUUACAUGAGGGUUACCGAUUUCAGGGAACUGCUCUGUGAUGACAAGGUAGGUAAGUCUGUUAAAUGUCAUUAUGAAGUACACAGUUUUGUCAGGGAAACAAUACGUCUUAUUAACCCACAGUGAUUGGGUAUUGAUUAUGUUGUCAUCAGAGAGACCUUGAAAUAUUAUCCACAAGCUUUUGUGCAUGCUGAGAAAAUAGAAUAGGGAUUUCAUUAACUUGUAAUCAUACUUGUGGAUAGAGGGCAGGUAGAUGAGGUUAUAAUUUUCAGUUACUAAAUAUUCAUAUUUAUAGAAUGUUUUAAGUAAUUCAGUUUAUUACCAAAAAUAUUGUACAUAUACAUUUAAAAUGCAUUGAUUUUCAAUUUGGAAGAUAAAGUAAAAAUAAUUUUAGUAGUUUUACUUUUAUUAUAAACACCCAAGUUAUGUUUGUUUACUACAUUAAAUAAAACCUACAGCUGCACUGCAGUAAUUCUCCAGAUUGGUAGAGUCCGCGUUGUAAUUAGAAAUCACUGUAACCAAAAUGCUUCUUCUUGAUUUUUAAUAAUGUGCUGUAUUUUGUACCGCUUGUAUGAAAUUUCAGCAAGAUUGAAGAUAUUGUAGAAUACAGAUACUUACAAAGUAUAGAUGGAGGUGCUAAAGUGUGAGUACAAAGUUUAUGUCCUUUCUACGAUAGUGAUAAGAAAGUAUCUUUGAAAAAUAUGAAACAAUGUAAGCAUGCAGCACCAUUACUUUAUUAUCACCAUUAGGCCACGAUUAGAAUGUGGUAUCUAGAAAGUGUUGGCCUUUACAUUCAGGCUUUUUGCAUAAAUUAGUAUAUUUUUCCACUGGUCUGUUUGUUGGCAUUAUUCUAAGCCAAGUCUCUAGUCUCUUACACAUUUAUCUGAAAAAUAAAAACAAGUGAUUUUUUUCUUUGUAAAAGAAACCUUUUCUAUUGCUAAUGAUCCAAUAAGCAGAACUGCGGCUUCUAGAAUUAACUACAAUGUUUUCUUAAACAUUUUUACAAAUCUUCGAUUAAUUUACGUAUUAUGUUUUUCCAGAUUUAAAGCACUAACUAUGUUGUAAGGUGUAAGAAAAGAUCUAAUUUGGGGUUAAGGGUGGUAAAUGUCUGGAAUAAUCCUCAGUUAUUACCCAUUGUCCUGGUUUGAAUUAAAAGUUACAUAGUCACCUCCUUAGACCAUUUGUUCCAGUUUUAUGUGUAAUUUCAGACUCCUGGGUUUUGUAGGGCAUGUGAAUGUUUACCCUGAUGUACUGUGUUAUGUUGUUUGAAUGAAUAAAAUGUAGAGCUCCAA